AUGGCCAACCAGGAAAAUGAUGCCCCACCCAACUAUGAGGAGGCAGUGAUGACACUACCUCGCUAUGGUUCACUCCCAUCAACAAUGAACGUACAUGGCCAGUGGACAAAAUGGAAAUCUUUAAAUCUCUGUGGUACGACUGCCAAAGACCGUCUCUGUCUGAUUGAGAUGAAAACUGGCUAUAGCGGCAAAGCUCCACUCGGGAUGAGAACGGGAUUCCUCCUGCGCAAUGGGAUGAGCAGCAAAGAUCCACUUCUUGCUGCCGCCGGCGAUGAGUCGCAGGGCCUCCAUGCAUUCAAUCCCGACGGCAUCGUGUUCUUGCCCCCACUUGAUCCAGACUCGAAGUCCGACCGCAUGGAUACAGAGGUCAUGCGCGCCGAACCUGGUGCAAACAAGGAUAUCGCCUUCCACUUUUCCAUCGAAGUAGGAGAGAAGCAGCGACGGGAGGAGUUUGCAUGGAGGAAGGUCAAGAAGGGUGACGAUGGAGCUAAGAGAAAUGGUUUCAAGUUGGUUCGGCUGUCGUCUGGUCAACAAAUAUGUCAGCCGAGUGGCAGCAGUGGCGGCCAAAAAUUGUCGAUGUCCUCGUCUCCACUACCAGGCAAGGAUGGUGAGACUGUCGCCUUUCUUGGGUGGGUCAUGGCCUUUCCCAGUAUGACACAUGCAUUCACACUCGAGGUAGUGGACGGCCAGUCGAGCGCAUUGGGAGGCCGCUGGACUCUCAUGGCUAUAGUCACUGCAAUCAGGUUAUAUACACUUCAUGUAAAGGGGAAAACGAGCAAGUUUGUCGUUGAUAUGGGAAAGAAAGAUUCGGGGAAAUAA